UGCGGCCUCAGUGCUAUCGAGGGGUCGCCGUCUCGUCUUCCCCUCUCUCGCCGAGCACGAGACAUAAACAAAACAAGCAAAGCAAAAAACCCACCCCCACCCCUCUUCCUCCUCUGCUUUUACCGCGUCGUCUUCUUGCGGCGAAGCACGGGGCGGGGAGACUCCGUUACCAGGCUGCGCGCGGAGGGUACUACUGCCGCGGGAGCUGGAUUUCUGAUCGCUGCUUGAGGCGUUUGUGAGCUGUGGAGUGGAGGAGAUGGUGGAGAUAGACGGAGCCGUGGGAGUCGGAGGAGGAGCGGGAGGAGUGGAAGGGGCCCGGCGGUGGCGGCUAGCGGACGAGCGGUGCGACCUGCGCGCCACGGAAUCGGACUACGUGCGGCGGUUCCACCCGCACGAGCCGCGCGACCACCAGUGCUCCUCCGCCGUCGCCAAGCACAUCAAAGCCCCCGUGCACCUCGUUUGGUCUCUGGUUAGGCGGUUUGAUCAGCCACAGCUGUUUAAGCCCUUUGUGAGCCGUUGCGAAAUGAAAGGGAACAUUGAGAUUGGGAGUGUGAGGGAGGUCAAUGUUAAGUCCGGGCUUCCUGCCACGAGAAGCACCGAGAGGCUGGAGCUGUUAGAUGAUACUGAGCACAUACUCAGCGUCAAGUUUGUUGGAGGUGACCAUAGACUCAAGAACUAUUCGUCCAUUCUUACAGUGCACCCUGAGGUGAUCGACGGGCGGCCCGGGACGCUGGUGAUCGAGUCUUUUGUGGUGGACGUCCCUGAGGGGAACACGAAAGAUGAAACUUGCUACUUCGUCGAGGCCCUCAUCAAGUGCAACCUCAAGUCGCUUGCAGAGGUGUCGGAGCGCCUCGUCGUCAAGGAUCAAACAGAGCCCCUCGACCGGUGAUUAUCAACGCUUGGUUUUUGGGUUGACAUUUGCAUAUCCUUAGAAUGUGCACAGAUAUUUCUCCAAUGGAGACCUCUAGGUUCUUGGAUCGUGAAAAGGUUCUCCUGUGUCCAAGAGAACUAUGUUCCCUUUCCUCAUUGAGCUUCAUUUUGUCAGCUGUCCUUUUUCCUGCCUGGAGGAAAUUAAAAAGAACGGCACAAUUGUGUGUUAUUGUAGCGAUGAAGAAAAACAAGAAAAUGUUUAGAACUGCAAGGUCCUGAACGCCUUAUGAUUCUGUGGUCUCAAGGACUCUUUGUAAUUAGAUUUUCGCUUUAGCUUGCUAUGAAUGAUGCUGUGUUGAGGUGUGUGCGUGUAUGUGGGAGUAUUGUCGUCUGUGUUGUGUAAAUUUACAUCUCUAGGUAAUGACUUCUGUAGUUUUGUUGGCACUUCAUCAUUAGUCUUAAUUAAACCCUUAUAUUUCCAUUAA